ACUCGAACCCGGACCUUCUUGCUGUGAGGCGACAGCGCUAACCACUACACCACCGUGCCCCCUAGUUUCAUUCUCAUUAAAGUCUAAAUUUUAAUAUUAUUGUGAGCAUUAAAAACCCACUCAUUUGCUGUUUUCAGUUCCUCCCACCACUCAGGUCACACAGCUCUGUAAUUAGACGAAUAACUGAUCACUGACUUACUUUCUUUACAUAAUGUUUAUUUAUUUUUAGUUAUUUUCUUUCUUUCCUUUCACAUUGUUUAUUUGUUUACUUUAUAAACACCCCUCCCCUUUCUCUCUCAGCUCCACCUACCACUUUCGUCAAGUAAUCUAUGAAUAAUUAGUCUGGUCAGUCUGUAGCGCUGCAUAAAGUAUUGGCACCCAUUGAACUUGCCCUUCGAUGGAAAUAGCGCGUUAUUAUAUUUGGAUUUAUUCUCAGUACAGCAGUGAAAUGGUGCUGUAGAAAUGGUGUUGGGGUGGUUUAAACACCGCACAGGGUUCUGUUUCACCAGAAAUGUUCCUCAAGAGGGCAGCAAGAGACGCUUUAUAUCCAAACCGGAACUUAAAAGCCUUAGACGUGUUUCCGCACGGAGCGAAAACAAGAGUGCACCGUUCAGCUGAGGGGUUUUGAGUGGAAAUUUCCGUGACGUGCGCGCUUUUAACUCGAGUAGAAAUAAAAAGAGUAGUUUUUAAGCCUUUUUCGGCUGUAAUGCGGCGCUACAGGACCGAGAGGGAACCGGAGCCGUGGGUCGAGCAGCUGAUUCACAACUACGGCAAAGAGCAGCGAGACCUCGGCGUGAGAGCUCAUGUGGUCGGGGUGAGCGAAUUGACCGAGUCUCAGCGCACAGGUGAGAGCGAUGCCUGCAUGCUGUUCCUGUCUGAUGGGACCAUGUUCAUCCCUGCGGUGCUCAGCACCGCCGCCUGGGAGCACAUGCAGGAGUUAGAGGAGAGAGACACGUUUUCCGGUCUGGACAACACAACGGUGUCGGUGCGAAAAUUUCAGCUGAACUUCCACAUGGACCCAGAGCUGACAAACUGUCAGUUUUAUCUCCGUGUUAAUCAGAUCAUCACUGUGGGUCGAGUCAGUCGGCAUCACCGCCCCCCGAGCUGCACGAUGCUGCCAUCAGUCAGGGAACAAAUCCUGAAGACAUGGCGAUCCCUGAUGAAGGAGAGUUCAGUCACUUCUGUGAACUCACAGUCAGGAUUCCCACUUUCCUGUCUGAUGGGGGCGUGGCACAAUGACAUCAUCACAGACCUCCUGAAUGAGGCGACCAAGAAAAUAACCGCACCCACCAUGGGUCACCUGAGAAUAGCCACACCUACUCACUGGCACCGAGAGAGACUUCGCUGCAAGGGUGAGGAGUGUUUCAGCACUCCUGUGUCUCAUCUCGUCAUCCCAGAGGAGCAGAGGGCCAUGUUGACAGCUGAUCCCGGUGUGUUGAGUGUGAGCGAAACUCCGAGCGGCCUGGUGCCUCCUUGUGUAGCUGAAGCGGCGAAGCAGCCAAUCAGGACGCAGGAUCAGGGUGGAGACUCACCCACUGUGGCUUCCGACAGGCCGGAAGAUGGGCAUCAGCUCACGCUAAACAACACCAGACCAGAGGUCUGCUGUGUUGGAGGAGGAGAGAGCAGGGAACAUGAGAGCCCCUGGGAUAUGUUCUGUCCUGCUGCUGACCUGCUAGAAACUCCAACAUCUUCAGAGAGCAGUCUGGAGUCACUCUUGCAGCCGGACAGCCGCUCACUGCUCACCGACAGCAGCUCGGCUGAGUCCGGGAUCAUCAUUCCACCGUUUCAGAGACCACGCCUGUCUCCUUAUAGCACCGCCCACCCGAGUAACCCGACAACCUCGGACCUGCAUCAGGAGCCGCUAACACCGAGUCCCGAAACAUCAUCCAAACACACUGCAGCCGUGUGUGUGGAGGAACAGUCCCCAAAAAUACCACACCACAUGUCACACACCCCACCCGCCAAAAAGAGACGGGUCCAUUCAGACGGCAGCAGUUUCUCGUACGCGUAUGAACCUUGUCCAAACGUCGCCUCGGCUCUCAGCCGGUGCAAAGAGGUGUGUGUGUGUGUAGGGUCCCAGAGCAGCUGGUGCAGUGGGCGGUGGCUUACCUGGGGACUCCUCAGCGUGCGCUUAUUGUCAGCAGUGGAGUGGAGCUGUGAAAGGUUGCAGGGUUGAAAUAAAUCUCGUUCAUAUGUUGUUCUAUGUUCUUUAUAAAUAGUGUCAUGUUUUGUUUUAAUGAUCUUAUUAAAUUAUUUUUGCAAUUA